AUGCCCCCCUUUCCUUUUCCAACCGAAAUCACUGUCCGCAUCUUCGCACUUAGCCUGCCCGAGGACGAUAAACCAACCAAUCUCGCGCAGACACGCAUGUCCCUUGUUCGGGUCUGCCGACAGUGGCGAGAAAUUGCUACAGGUACCCCUCAGCUCUGGACGAACAUCAGUCUGCCUUUCGCAUACGUGGGCCGCCGAGCGCUAAGGCUGGAACCUUCAACCUUGAACACUUGGCUACUAUGGUCGAACCGACAGCCCCUUACGAUCACUCUUGCUUUUCCACAUGAUCUCCCUUGGCAGCUGGAAUUGGUAUACAUACAAGUCAUCACGGCGUUCUAUGAGUACUGGAGGAGCGUCAGACUAUCAUUGGCCCACAGACCGGCAGCGGAAGCUCUGGGUUCCCAUUUCCAGCACGCGCUCGCACCCAACCGUGACAACCUUCGUAACGUGCUGCCCAACCUUAGCCAGUUCACGUUCGACCUCCGAGGAGGGUUCGGCGCGACAAACCCCCUUGUUUACCGUGUCCCCUGGAGUGUCCCACUGUACAACGCGCUUUGCCGAUCUUCCAAUUUGCAGGCUCUUACGGUCGCGAAUUGGGGCACUUUCGACAUCACGACUCCCCCAUCUCGCGCCCAACUCACAUUUGCACCAAGACUUCGCAUCCUCAAGAUCGUACAGGACUAUCGCAAGUCGCAGCAGGCCUUACCUGCAUAUCAUCUUGAGGGUCUUUCAGGGUUCGUUGGCGUAUGUGAUAAUCUGGCAUCUCUCACCUUGCGGUUUAGCACUAUGAACAUUGUACAACAUUCACCUCCGAAACCGCCCUUAGAUCUACCGAAGCUCCGAUCGUUGCGAAUUGCGGCAGAAGACAUCGAUACCCUGGCCACUCUCGCCUCUGCCUUCCGCGUCCCCAACCUGACCGUUCUCUCUCUCGGUAUUGAUGGUGGAAUCGAGACCGGUGCCUCAGACAUACUUGGUCCUCAUUUCCUUCGUCUUUUGCAGGACUCUGCGCAUACGCUACAAGACCUCACCCUUCACGUAUCCGGCCUUUUCGAGGAGGUCGCAUACAGAAAGGCUCUUGCCCGUCUUCCGGUACUCUCUUCUCUGGUCAUCGGCCGCGCCUACUUCUUAGACGACUGGGCAGAGAUUUUCAAGUUCUUGACAUUCAACUUCGACGAUCAAAAACCAUCCUUCCCAGAGCAGAACCUCGUGCUGGAGCGCCUUGUGUUCGAAAUCACCACGAUCAGUCCCUUGAACGACGCGGAACCAGAUGAUGUCAAACGUUUUCUGAUUGGUUUGGCAGAUAUGGUCCACUCUCGCAGGCCGAAGGCUGCCCAGGGACACGCAAUGGCGAUCGACCGUAGCCCCGUCCGGCCGUUGUCAGUCGUAGGGAUUGGAAGGAAUCUCGUCGGCUUGUAUACACGCUCAGUGCCUUUUGCAGAUAUGCCCGUCGUGAGGAAGGCGUGGAGAUCACUGGAGAGCUUUGUAGACCGCGAACUGUACGACUCGAUUAAUUGGAAAGAAUGA